GUCCCUUUAAUUUCCAAGCUCUCUCUUUCUCUCUCUCUCUCUCUACCCCGUCCUCUUUUACCUGCUCACCCACCAUGUACCCAUCAACAUCUCUCCUGCUUCUCAUCGCAUCCUCGUUCUCCCUGGUUCAAGCCAGCAACAGGACUCUUUGCCGGGCAGAGGAACCCGCAAAUUACUCUGUCAAGUUCUCAGCAGAAUGGAACACCCUGUCUUUCCCAAAGCAAUACCCAACCCACAGACCCCCAGCUCAGUGGUCUCUGCUCUUCGGUUGUGUUCACAGUGAUGACUUCACUCUCUGGGCCGAAGGGGACAUGGCAUCUGCGGGGGUGAAGCUUUUUGCUGAAGAUGGGAAUCCUGACUUGCUGCUGGAGGAAGUGAAUAUCACGGAGGUUGUGUUCACUGCUGACCCCAUCACCCUGGGCGAGGGUAACACCUGCACCAUGCUCACGGCUACACCUUCACACCCAUUGAAACUGUACGCACAUGGGGAUUUCAGUCUGGUCCGAGGACUCUUAAAGGCAAUGAUGGGUCUCUGUGCCAGUCAGACACGGCUGAUCAAAAUAACAUUACCUAUUAAAGCCGUCAAUUACAGUAAAGAAACUGUGCCCGCGCAGUGGAAGGCGAUCAGGAUCGGAAUGCGCUUCAGACUCGGCUCCAAUAACAAGGUGUCUUUCCUGGUGCGUGUUAUCCCAAGUCCGGAUUGGUUCCUGGGUGCUAGCCGUGUAAAUCUGUGUGAGGGCGAUGAGUGGAGGGAAUCCAUCUCCCUGGACCUGUUCCCUUGGGACGCUGGCACAGACAGUGGGUUUACCUUUUCCUCGCCAAAUUUUCCCACUUCCCCUCAGGAGCCAGUGUUUAAGAUCACAGCCAAGCACCCGUCCCACCCAGUCAAUUCCUUCUUCUACCCCCGCCUGGAAUCACUGCCCAGAAUGGGCCACCUGGAGCUCAGCUUGCUCUCCGCAGCCCAGCGGGGUGAGGGGAUGGACAAGGCAGGAGACAACUCCAUGGAGUACGUGCCAGCCAACCAGACCCUCGCUCGCAAUGGGACAAGCAAAGCGUGGGAGGAGAUGGCAAAGCCGGGUGGAGUUUCGAAUGAGGUGCUCAGCAAAGAAGCGGACAAAGAUUCUGCAGAGACUUGGAGAAAAGGGUUGAACACUACUCCUCUGGACUGUGAAGUGUCCAACUGGUCCACGUGGGGUCUGUGCAGUCACAGAUGCGGGAUUAGCACCCGGCAGAGAACCAGGUACAUUGUUCAGCUGCCGGCCAAUGCCGGGGACCCAUGUCCUGCGCUCCUGAUCCAAGAAAAUUGUGAGGAGGUCAAGUGCCCAAUGCCCACAGCGGACCCCAACCUGACCACCCAGCGGCCCCAGGGAGCUGGGAACACCGAGCCUUCCCAGACCAGCACCUCUGACCCACCGGCCUGGUCGCCCAACCAAACCCAGCCUGUGAUUCGUGACCCCACCACCGAGCCCCCGCUCCCCCCAGGUCACACCACCCACUGA